AUGUCGUCUGCCAAGACGGAAACGGACCCCCUCACUUUGGCAAUUGCCGCUGCCGUAGACACCGUUACCGCUGCUCCAUCCGUUGGUGAAACAACUCCAACAACACCUCAGAUACAUGUACAUCACUUUCACCACCAAUCUUGUCUUCAUCACCCUGAAUUGCUGUGCACUACCCUCCCCACUGGCGUGCCCGUUGCAUCUCGCUCUGAGGACGACUAUGCUGUGGUCUUUAACUCCACUAACGCCACUCGUUCUCCCCUUAGGCCGGCAUUGCAGCCAUCAAACAACAAACUCUCUACUGUCAUUUUUACUGCGCCAAGAAAAACCAUCUGCACUGCUACCAUUCGACAUCCGAGCCUGGCAUCGCUUGUUUUUCAUCAACCCCGCAACACACAUUCACUGGAACCCGUUUCACCGUCCAAUUCCUCUUUUUUCAAUAAUGCUACUGGCACGUCGCCGACAUUUGUAUCCCACUCCUCCUCACCGCACUUCUUUCCGCGAGACCAACCGGGCGCUUCUGUCGGUAGCUCUUCGACCAGUGGUCCGCACAACACUCCAACCAACCUCUACGCGCAGACCAUUUCGGGUCAGUCGGUCUCCCAAAGCAACACGCCCUCCCGCGUGGUUCCAGGGGCAACAGCAGCAGCUGCUGCUGCUGCAGCAGCAAAAGCCACCUGGCAGUAUCGAUUGAGUGGAGAUGCGUGGCUGUACUCAACGUGUGGAUGCGUCUGCGUGCAAACGUGCCGCGCAGCGUGCAUGUGCGGCGUGCCGCUCUCACCACCUUUACCAACAGCAGCAAAAGCACCGCAAGCACGCCCAUUUUGGCGUGGUGCCAAAUUACCCAGUCCCUGGGUAAGCUUUGUUCCCGAGCGUGCUGCUACAUUGGGCCCGGGUGACCCCUCAGUCUACUACCGAUUAGCCACAGCUGGCUACAACCUCCAGACCACCACGACAGACCAACAACGAGGAUGUCUCAACAUUCCCGAUUCAACUCCUUCCAACAAUCUGACAGACCGUCUGCUCCGAUGGUUCCGUGCUGGAGAGACCACCGGUGGUAGUCGAGACACGAGUGCUGAUAAUGCGCACACACAGAGACGGAGAAGCAAAAGUCAACCGCCUCAGCACCAGCGGCGGGUCCAGUUGGUGCCAAUCGAUCCGAGAUGUGUGCAGACUACCUUGGAGGUGCCAUCUAACAAUGCGACGAAACGAAAUGAACUGACACAGCAUCAACGUCCAAAAGCUCUGGUUUCUCCACCCAGCGGAGCCUACCCAGCUCCCUCCAGUCGUCGACGCCAACUUCCACCAGCUCCCUGCACAUGUAGUCACCACCACCAAUCACAACUGCAUCAGACACCUCAACAGGUCUCCCUCGCCUCUCCCGUCGACCACCAACACCGAAGCCGCCUUCCACGCUGGCUCUUCCCCUGUGGUCCCCAUCAAAAGCAUUCCCUUUCUCCACCUCCCACUUGUCCUCCUUGCGUCGUGCCUCCACCUCCGCCACCCCGCAGCACAGUUGUAAAACUCAAGCCUGCUACACGCAGUGUUGAGGUGCAAACUCAGUCCGAAGCCAUCCCUGCAUGUUGCUGUGCUUCCGCGGGUAUUGAACCUGCCAUCUGUAGCAUCGAUGGCCUUACUAGUUGCUGCAGUGGUGGUGAACAGAAACAGCACAUAAUGCUGCAUCACUACCACUUCCAUCAUUAUUAUCAUUGUGAGGCUCAGGAGCCGGUUGGCAAUCCUGCUACUGCAAACGUCACAGCUUCAAGUACCGUUGCUGUUACUGAACCCGUAGAUUCAAGACCCUCUUCUCCACUGAUAAAGCUCUCGGUCACAUGGCCACCAAAUGCGGCGAUUACCGUCGAGGAGCAAGGCGAGAACGGGAGCGAAGUUAAUCAUUUAGUGAAUGCAGAAGAGUGCCGUGCUGACGAGGCUUGUGCAACGAUAGAGCAGACGACUGACGGCGACCCGCCAGCUCCUGUUUCAGAAGCACUUCGGGCUAUCGAGUCGGCAAAAGUAGAAACACCAACCGGACAGCCAACCAGACCGAGCUUCAAGAUGGAAGAAGUGGAAACAAGGAAUGAGGAGCCUCCGACACGGAUUCCGUUGAAUACGCAGACUUCCGUAAUAGAUCCCAAUCAAACGGAUCAAAGACGAAUAUUUUUGCAAAACAUAAAUCAAUUGAAGCGGACUGGAUGGUAUUGGGGCCCUCUUACAAUCGAGGAGGCUGAGCUGCUGCUGAAAGAUCGACCAAACGGCAGUUUCCUCGUUCGUGAUAGUGGACACGAACUCUACAUUUUGAGUGUCAGUUUUCGGGCUGAAAACCGUACCUAUCAUACUCGUAUCGAACACACUGGCGGAAAAUUCGGUUUUGCGGUUCAAGGCGAUGCCGACACCACAUCGCCAAGUAUAGCCCAGUUCAUCAAUCACGUGAUCGCCGAAUCAGAACGAGGACGAACGCGAUUCUUCCUGCGGCAGUCCGCACUUACAACUUCAGCCAAUCAGCAGGGCGGUGGCACACCUGACCAAUUAGAAGAUGAGAACCAUCAUGUGGAGGCACGUCUCCUCUAUCCGGUUUCACGGUUCCUUGUUGUGCACUCGCUGGCUCAUCUCUGCCGAUUUGAAAUCCUUCUCAAGGUCCGCAAGGAUCACAUUGACCUCCUGCCACUACCAGAACGGUUAAAGAAGUACCUCCAUGAACGUCAGUACUACACGGAAUUUGUGCAAGCCUAUCUUGAAUCCGUGGGACAUCUUCUGCCAAACAAUCUGAUAACAGCGGAAGCCACUACCACUUCCGUGUCAGAGGUAGCAUUGGAGGAAGAUGAGAUCGAGGAUCAUGUCUAA